AUGAAGCUCAGAGCGCAUCUGCUGGAGCGGGGCCGGCCCAUGAGCGAUAUUACGGCGUCGGUGGACGUGUACUGCGGGUCCGGGGAGCAGAUUAUCCGGUGGAUCGGCGUGACGGCGUGCUGCAGGCUGGCGGAGGCAAAGGGCGAGCUUGUGCAGGCGUUCGUGCCGCAAUCGGUGCUUGAUUCGCACCACAACGUGCUGGACGUCGAGGUCAUCGUGAACGAGGUGCUCGAGGACGGGGACGAGGUCUUCGUGGAGUACUCGAGCGGACCGAGGCAGUUCACUGUCAAGUGGGAGGGCCGCCCAGUGUCCCCGCGCUUCACGUGGGGCGAAGGGGCGCCGGUGGACGGCGGGAUCGACGCGUGGCUCGAGGCGCUCGACAUCUCGCGGCUCCCGAACCUCGACCAGGCCGUCGGGAUUCAGAACCAGGCGCUCACCGAGGACAUCCAGCCGCUGCGUAUGCAAAUCAAGCUGGCGCACGACGUGCUGAAGAAGUACGCGGGGAUCCUCCAGCUCGUCUUCGUGUUCUACACGUCGUCGGGGGAGUCGAACGAGAAGGCCAUCCACUGCGACUUCAUCAACCCCACCAACUUCCGAGGCUUCUGCAAGGGCGCGAAGCUCAUCUCCGACGCGUUCAACCCGCAGCAGGCCGACUCCGUCUUCCAGCAGGUCCUCGGGUGCUCCCCUCGCGCGCAGGAGGCCCGCGGCCGCGGCCCGCCCUCGGAGUGCGACCUGGCCGACUUCCUCCUGCUCAUAGUCCUGCUCGCGGCGGACAAGUUCUCGCGCGAAGAGGGCUUCCUCCAGGCCGCGCCGCUCCAGAUGAAGGUGGAGCAGCUCAUCAAGCACAACGUGAUCGACUUCGUCGUCCCGAAGAUCCAGGAAUCGCUCGCGGGGUUCCGCGCGGCACUGACGCCAGCGGUGGAGGCGCUGCUGGACCGCGCGUCGGACCUGCUGCGCGCGACGCUCGACAGCGUGGUCUUCAAGCGCACGAAGAAGUCCCGUCUGACCGGCAGCCAGGUCGACGUCAAGUACCUCGUACAACACAUGCAGCGGUGGGGGGUCAUGCAACAGAUCCCGCAGUCCGUCCUGCCCGCGUGCUGGGCCUUCGCGGCCACCCGCGAGGUCGACGACGUCGCCGCGGACCCCACCAAGGUGACGCUGAAGCACACCCCGGUCGCGCUGACGCAUUCGGAGUUCCCGCGGUUCAUGUUUGCGACGAUCAGGGAAAUGUAUUCCGCGGCGCGGACCGAGGAGCCGAUCGAGAAGUACCUCGCCGCGCAGUUCGACAACAUCUUCCGCGCGUCCGGGGCCAUGGCGCAGCGGGCGGGCCUCGGCGGGGCCGACGAGGGGCCCGACGAUGGACCACAGGACGGGUAA